AUGGCUUCCACCAAGCACGAGUUCCUCUGCAUCCUGCCCGACAAGCCAGAUGCUCUGGCUAAGAGGCUGGAGGUGCGCUCCUCCCACCUUGAGGGCGUCAAGCCCCUGGUUGCGGAUGGGGUGAUUACGAUGGGAGGGGCUAUGCUGGAGUCUCAUUCUACCGAGGGCACGCCCUCGUUCAAGGGGAGUGCGAUGUUGCUGAUGGCCGAGAGCGAGGAGCAGGCGAGGGAGCUCCUGAAGAAGGAUAUCUAUGUUCGGAGUGGGGUGUGGGAUUUGGAGAAGGCGCAGAUUAUUCCGUUCAAAUCUGCUGUUCGGACGGCACUGUGAGUACUAAGGUGGGGUUGGGACACUAUGGACAAGUAAUGCAUUUGUGUGAGAUAACACAUUGAUAAGUCUGGUAAUCUAUCCAAGCGAUGGUGCUACAAUUUAUGUUCAAAAAGUUUGUUCG